UCCCCGCCCGCCUGCGCCCCACCAGUCGCUCACCGGUGUCCGAAAGCGCGUCUCGGGUCCCGGCCAUGGCGCUGAGCGAACCCAUCCUGCCGUCCUUCUCCACUUUCGCCAGCCCGUGUCGCGAGCGCGGCCUGCAGGAGCGCUGGCCGCGCGCAGAGCCCGAGGCAGGCGGCACCGACGACGACCUCAACAGUGUACUGGACUUCAUCCUGUCCAUGGGGCUGGACGGCCUGGGCACUGAAGCUGCCCCGGAGCCUCCGCCCCCUCCGCCUGCGUUCUACUACCCCGAGCCCGGCGCGCCGCCGCCCUACGGCCCCGCCGCGGGCGGCCUGGUGUCAGAGCUGCUGCCGCCCGAGCUAGACGUGCCGCCGGGGCCCGCGCUGCACGGCCGCUUCCUGCUGGCGCCGCCUGGCCGCCUGGUGAAGGCCGAGCCCCCCGAGGCGGACGGCGGCGGCGGCUACGGCUGCGCGCCCGCCCUGGCCCGCGGGCCUCGAGGCCUCAAGCGCGAGGGCGCCCCGGGCCCGGCCGCCGCGUGCAUGCGAGGCCCGGGGGGCCGCCCUCCGCCGCCGCCCGAUACACCGCCGCUCAGCCCGGACGGCCCCGCGCGCCUGCCUGCGCCUGGCCCGCGCGCCCCCUUCCCUCCGCCCUUUGGCGGCCCCGGCUUCGGCGCUCCCGGGCCGGGUCUGCACUACGCGCCGCCCGCCCCCGCCGGCUUUGGUCUCUUCGACGACGCGGCCGCCGCCGCCGCCGCCGCUGCAGCUCUGGGUUUGGCGCCGCCCGCCGCCCGAGGUCUUCUCACGCCGCCCGCGUCCCCGCUGGAGCUGCUGGAGGCCAAGCCCAAGCGCGGCCGCCGCUCCUGGCCCCGCAAGCGCACCGCCACGCACACCUGCAGCUACGCCGGCUGCGGCAAGACCUACACCAAGAGUUCGCACCUCAAGGCGCACCUGCGCACGCACACAGGCGAGAAGCCCUACCACUGCAAUUGGGACGGCUGCGGCUGGAAGUUCGCGCGCUCAGAUGAACUCACACGCCACUACCGCAAGCACACGGGCCACCGGCCUUUCCAGUGCCACCUUUGCGACCGUGCCUUCUCCCGCUCUGACCACCUGGCACUGCACAUGAAGCGGCACAUGUAGCCUGGACGCCCCUGCCCACUCGCGCGCGGCCGUGGCGGGUCCCACGCGCCAGGCGCAGCCCCCUCCCAAACUGUGACUGGUAUUUAUUGGGCUGAAGGACCGGGCUGGGCACAGCAUGGCCACCGACGACAAUGCCGCCGCCCUGGCCCCCAUCAGAGACUGAAGGCCCGGUGGGAGAAGACCACCAUCCUCCUUGACGAGUUUUGUUUUCAAAAUGGUGCAAUAAUUAAGUGUCGUCUUCCCCCCACCGGGUCUACACUAGAGGAUCGAGGCUUGAUGCCUUGUGAAAAAUACAGCCUUAAUUAGUACUGUCUCAAACAUUUUUUAAAAUAUUGUACAUAGUGACUGUGACAGAUAUUGUAUUACUGUAAAUAAGGAGACAGGCAUUGGCUGCCUGAUUCAUUUUUAUAAGACUUUUGCUGGGUUUUGUUUUUUUAUUAUUAUUAAAAAUGUUUUGCAUCUUUU